GACUUGAACGCAAACACAAGAGAGCAAACUUUAAACCGGCUCCAGUCUUUCAGCUGCUGGAAUCUCUGCCACUAUGGCUAAAUCCAUUUUCACAUUAUUACGGCUUUUAUCCCUGCUCGCCAUUCACACUCUGUGUGUGUACGCCGAGGGUUUUGCAUUGUCGCCUAUUGCUCUUGCUCCCAUCCCCUGUAAUGACAAGGCAGUGGAGAAGCUAUCUCGUCUGGCUGUAACUUACAUCAAUGAGGAUCGCCCCGAUGGCUACAAGUUUGCCCUCAACCGCAUUGCAAAUGUCCACCUGCACGCUCAGGGCCCAGCAGGCAAUGUUUAUUACCUGGACCUGGAUGUCCUGGAGACCAAGUGUCACAUAGGCAGCCCAAAACCAUGGAAACGAUGUGACGUCAGGCCAUUCAUGGAAACACAAAUCUCUGGCAACUGUAACACCACCAUCCUCCACACACCAGAGGGAUACUCCUACCUGUACAGCUAUGACUGCACCCUUGUCCCCGAUCCCCCAGAGAAGCUCCAGCAGACCUGUCCAACCUGCCCCCUCCUGCUCCCUGUAGAUAGUCCACAGGCUGUGAACGCUGCUCAGGUUACUUGGGCAUCCUAUAAGAGACAGUCCACACUGGGUGCAGAGCUCGGAGUAAAGAAGAUCACCAGAGCUGCAGCGCAGGUUGUGCCAGUGAAAGCCAGCUUUGUGGAGUACACAGUCCAACAGUGUCCAGAGGGAGUGACAGAAAGAGGCACCUGCCGGCGACUGACACUUAAGUCUGACACAGAGACUGCAGGAUUCUGUGCAGGAUCUGUGCACGGAGACUUAAGCGGCCAUCCUAACGUCCGGGUGUCCUGUGAGAUGUUCAAAGCACAGGAUGUGGACAUCUUCAGACCCGUGCAGCCUCAGGGUCACAAACUCCCCCAAGACCAUGCGAUCCCAACAGUCCCCACCCUGUUCGAUGACCCAAGAAAUGAUCUGCUGCCUGGUCCCUCUUACAACCCACUGCCUCCUGCUGUUCAACCACCACCCGUUGACCCCACACCCAUUCUCCCUCUGCCCUUUGACCCCUCUGUUGUGGUUAACCCCUCUAUUCCCCUGAGCUCAUCUUCCAGUGAGUCCGCUGAAGAUCAAGUUAACCAGCAACAGCGACCCCCAGGUGAUGGUCCUUCUGCUUCAUCCUCUGAAGAGAUGGGAGGCCCCGUGGCACUACGACCACCCAUUGACUUCCACUACAAGAGGCGUGACCGCAAGAGACGGCAGGCCCUGGUGGAAACCUCACCCUCUCACAACCCAACCUUCCUGUCUGAUUUCCCCAGUGGGCCUUCUCCUUUCCGCUCCUGUCCUGGUCCUGCUCGCUACACCACAGUUUAACUAACUGGUGCUGCCGGUGAGGGGGUGGACCGAUAAACUGCUCUGCUCCCUGUCACUGGAGGCUUGUAAUAGCCUUAUUUUUUGAUAAUCAUUGGCCUUGAAAUGACCCCUUUGCUGCUAAUACUGCUCCCAAAGCAGCCAAAGCUAAAACCAUAUGCGUGUUGGAAAAUGGCUUAAAAUAUUUUAACAAUUUUAAAUAAAUCUUGAAUCCCCUGUCAA